AUGCAGCCCAAGCGGCCGGCGCAUGCCGCAGGGAGCGACGCUGCGUACCAAUCGCUGCGCAGUAUGCUGCUCUCGCCCUUGCCCAAUGCAGAGCAUCUCGAUGCAAUGGACCGGAACACGCUAUACGGCGCGAUCGGCCACUUUCUUAGCGCCAUGGCGCAGCCCAACGUAGCCGACUUCACCAGCGUGCUCGUCAACUCGCCGACGCUGUGGCUCGGCGCGGGCGAUCCCAACGCGCUUGCAGAUCGCACUGGCGCAGUAGUGCAAGCCGUCAUGUUUGCAGUCUCUGAGCGGAUCGCGCUGAUUCGGGACAAUGUAGCCAAGCACCGUCCCAGUGCCGCACCGCGCGAGCUGCGUAAUUGGGUAGAGGCGAUUGUCGAAGCGCUGCCGCGCGCUGAAGAGCGCGCGCACCUCCCCGCGCUUACCGUCCUGACCGGGCUUUUGUGCGGCGUACAUACCGCACGCCAGAAAAAGCCCAAACUGUCGCUGGGCCUGGGCGCUUUGCACACGCUCCUUGCGCGCGAAUGGACAAGUGUAAGUGCGGCCCUCUUGCAGGCACUGUCCACAGCGCAAGACAGCACACACACACGCACUGCCGCGCUCGUGCUCGUUGCGCACUCCGCCGAUAUCCUGGACGCGGCGCAGCUUGCGCAGGCCGACGAUCGGCUGUGGGUAAGUACCAUCUUUCCUGCACUGCUCGCCAUCUUUCACGGGCACGCACUCGACCACGCGUUUGAGCAAGCCUACACCUCGCCCGACGGCAUUGUCGUAGAAGCAUCGAUGCCCGGCGUCGACUGGGCAGCGCGCUGCGAAGCCGAUUCCUUGUUCAAACGUGCAGGGCCCCUCGCGCGCGUGCUUUCCGACGCACUGCAGCGGCUUGGCCUGGCCAUGGAAGCGGAGCAAUUCCAGGCGUAUUUGGGCGAGGUAGCGUGCCUUACGUCUCUGCACACACUUGCGACGCGCCUUGAUACUGCGUGGAAUUCGAGCGUACUUGCAGGCGCGCCGGCGGACGCCAUCGCGCCAGCCUCGCGCGAGUACAGCGCGAGCUUCUGGCGCGUAUUCAAGACGCUGUUGUUUGCCACGACCAUGCUUUUGGACGCCGUCGUGAGCGCCGUUGCAGAGAUGUGCCCGUCGCCGGUGGCAACGUAUCCCCCCGGAGACGCAACGUACGGCGUGUGGCCGCCGAUGCCGCGGAGCAAUAUCCCCCUUCCCUACUUGCGCCUGCUUUCCGAUGCACUGCAUAUCUACAUGCCGCUCUAUUUUUGCACCGCGACGUUUGGCCUCGACGGGUUUGAGUCGUACCGAAAAGUAUUUUACUCGGCGCUGGACGUGCUUGGCCACGAUGCCGAGUCGUGCACACAGCUCACUGCAGCGCUCGCAUUCGAUAUCCUGCACGGCGCACGCCCCGACGCGACGCUGGCGCGCAGUGUCGGGCAUGGCGAGCGCAUGCACACGACCUACCUUCUCCUCAUCGCCGAGCAACUCGCCGCGGAGCUCCCGCAGACCAUGGUCGACCGCCUCGUUUUGCCCAUGGCCCAGCCCUACCUGGAGGACACGCGCUUCCAAGACACGUUUGAGUCUGCACACGCGUUUGUCCUCGCGCUAUACAAGAUCCAAAGCCCGUGCACGGCAGAGCUCACACCGUUCUACGUAGACCUCGUGCUUGCGAGCUACCCCUCUCUGCUCACCGACACGCAGCUCGAGGCGGCGCUGACCACCGUCGUUGCCUCCCUCUCGGAGCGCAGCGACUCGCUCGCGUGGUGGUGCAUCGAGCGGCUUGACAUCGCCAUGGUGCGCACCCGCAUCACGGAUCCUGUGCGCUCGUUGGCAUUUGCGCGCUGCAUUGCUGCGCUGCUUCCCAGCGUCAACCUCGUGCUUCUGCGCGCGCUGCUCGCGAAACUCAGCGCCGCGAUCCUACACGCCGACCCCGCAAGUACAGAGCGCACCGAGAUGCUGGAGCGCACGUACGCGUCACUCGGGGAGGUGGACGCAUCCACGCAGGAAGAAGCUAUGCACUGGUGGCUCGAGCAUAUUGCCGUAUUUACACAUUCCAUGCGUAGCUAG